AAAGAAUUCUUCUAAAAGCGAACGAGAAGGAGUACUAAAAGAAAGUCUUCUAAAAAAAACAAGGGUUUACCGAUUGCUUCCUUUGUGAAGUGGAUUGUUAAUUGGCACAUGAUUCGUAGCUUCACCCACUAGUACAUCCCAAAUUGUCAAUUUCCGAUCCUCCAAGGUUUCUUCUACUCUUCUCCGUGCCGCGCACGAACCCUGCGUAACUGCUAUCGUGCGCAAUUCUCAUCGAACGAUUUCAGUACUGAAAUAUAGUGCGAAUUCACAAGUGAGAGAAGGAGUAUGGCUGAUAUAUUUGCGUGGCUCUUCUCCUUCUUCACCCUUAUUGCCUUAAUUAUUAUCAUUAUUUACCAGUUAAUGUGCCUGGCAGACCUUGAAUUCGAUUAUAUAAAUCCUUAUGAUUCCGCAUCUCGAAUAAACAGAGUGGUUUUUCCUGAGUAUAUUAUAUUAGCUGCACUGUUCUGCUUCUACAUUGUAACAGGGCACUGGAUAAUGGCACUGUUCUGCGUUCCUUACAUCUACUACAAUGUGCAAUUGUUCAGACAAAGAAAGCAUCUGGUCGAUGUUACAGAGAUAUUCAACAUGCUCUCUCGGGAAAAGAAGCAAAGGCUUUUCAAACUCUUCUAUCUCAUUUUUAUCCUAUUCCUCUCCUUAUUUUGGUUGAUCUACACAUCAUUGGACGACCAUGAUGAUUAGUCGGUGUUGAUUGCUUUGUUUUGUGGAAUGCUUUCUGGAAGUGAGCUGCCAGACAAGUUGAAAUGAGAGUAGCUAGUUACUUCCCAUAUUAUGGACUAACUUAUACUCUAGGUCUGGGUUGCCUACCCUUCCCGGCUAGGUGGUUGGAUAAUAAAUUCUGUAUAUUGCUAUAUUUAAAUUUGUUUUAUGGUGCGGAUUAUGUGUUUUUUUCUCUUA